AGUGAGCCAGGAAAAAAGGGGACAGAAGACAGGCUCCAGACUGUAUCUACGGAGAGACACAGAAGGGAGAUGCUGCUGCUGCUGCUGCCGCCACUACUCCUCAGGACUGCCACAAGCCGAUGUCUACAUGAUGAGACACAGAAGUCUGUGAGACUUCUCAGGCCCCCUUUCUCCCCACUCCCCCUGAAAUAUCGCUCUUCCUCCCUCACCCUCCCUAGCUUCCAUGAUCCUCAACCCCUACGAAUCCAAACCUGCUAUCUAGGAGAUCCUAUAUCAGAUGGAGCUUGGGAUCCUGAGGAAGAAGGGACAAGAGGGGGAUCGCGAGCCCUGGCCGCAGUGAGAGAGGCCACUCAGCGAAUCCAGGCUGUCCUAGCAGUCCGUCCAGUGCAAGGACCCCUGCUUCUGAGUCGAGAUGCUGCACGGUACUGCCAUGCUGUCUGGGGAGACCCAGAUACCCCAAACUACCACAGGUGCAGCCUCUUGAACCCAGGGUACAAAGGAGAGAGUUGCCUAGGGACAAAGAUUCCUGACGCCCACCUUCAUGGUUAUGCCUUGUGGCCAGAGCAGGGUCCCCCACAACUGGUCCAGCCAGAUGGACCUGGGGUCCAAAACACUGAUUUUCUACUAUAUGUACGGGUUGCUCACACUUCCAAGUGCCACCAAGAGCCCUCUGUCAUAGCCUAUGCUGCCUGCUGCCAGCUGGACUCAGAAGACAGGCCCCUUGCUGGCACCAUUGUCUACUGUGCCCAACAUCUCACCAGCCCCAGCCUCAGCCACAGUGACAUCGUCAUGGUCACAUUACAUGAAUUGCUCCAUGCUCUGGGUUUCUCUGCACAGCUCUUCAAGAAAUGGCGAGACUGCCCCUCAGGAUUCAGUGUUAGAGAGAACUGUUCUAUAAGGCAACAAGUGACAAGGCAAGAUGAAUGGGGACAACAGCUUCUCACCACCCCAGCUGCUAGCCUCAGCCUGGCCAAACACCUGGGAGUGCCGGGGGCUUCACUGGGUGUUCCCUUAGAAGAAGAGGAGGGCCCUUUGUCCUCGCACUGGGAGGCCAGACUACUCCAGGGUUCUUUAAUGACUGCUACCUUUGAUGGAGCUCAGCGCACUCGACUCGACCCAAUCACCCUUGCUGCCUUCGAAGACUCAGGCUGGUACCAGGUCAACCACAGCGCUGCAGAGGAGCUGUUGUGGGGCCAGGGAUCUGGCCUGGAAUUUGGAUUGGUGACCACAUGUGGGACUGGCUCCUCAGACUACUUCUGUACUGGCAGUGGACUGGGCUGCCACUACCUGCACCUGGACAAGGGAAGCUGCUCCUCAGACCCCAUGAUGGAAGGCUGCCGCAUGUACAAGCCCUUAGCCAAUGGGAGUGAAUGCUGGAAGAAGGAAAAUGGAUUCCCUGCUGGGGUGGAGAAUCCCCAUGGGGAGAUCUACCAUCCCCAGAGCCGUUGCUUCUUUGCCAACCUCACUUCACAGCUGCUCCCUGGGGAUAAGACCAGGCAUCCUUCUCUUAUUCCACACCUCAAGGAAGCAGAGCUCACUGGACGCUGCUACUUACAUCAAUGCACAGGGAGGGAAGCUUACAAGGUGCAGGUGGCAGGUUCACCUUGGGUCCCAUGCCUUCCAGGAAAGGUUAUUCAGAUACCUGGGUACUAUGGUCUUCUCUUCUGUCCCCGGGGUCGGUUGUGUCACACUAAUGAAGAUAUCAAGGCUGUUACUUCCCCACCUGUGAGUCUUUCAACCCCAGAUCCGAUAUUCCAGCUCUCUUUAGAAUUAACUGGGCCUCCAGGCCACUCCCUGGGGAAGGAACAGCAAGAAGAGCUGGCUGAAGCAGUACUGCAGGCUUUGGCAAGCAGAGGUGGCACUGGCAGGUGCUAUUUCCACAGCCCAUCAGUUACCACUAGCUUGGUGUUUACUGUACAUAUGUGGAAGUCCCCUGGCUGCCAAGGGCCUUCAGUUGCCAUGCUGCACAGGGCCCUGACUCUGACUCUCCAGAAACAACCCCUAGAAGUGUAUUAUGGCGGAGCCAACUUCACCACAGAACCCAGCAAGUUGCUGGUUACUUCAGACCAUAAUCCCUCCAUGACCCACCUAAGGCUGUCCAUGGUACUCUGCCUAAUGCUGCUAAUCCUGGUGGGUAUACUGGGAACCAUAGCCUACCAGAAAACAUCCACUCUUCCUGUGAGGCCAUCUGCCUCUUGCCAUUCACCAGAGCUCCAUGGCACAAGGGUCCCAGUUAGAGGAAUAAGGGAGGUGUGAUGUCCAAAACACGAUGGGGGUAAGGAAGAGAAUAAUUUCUUGGAAGGCAACUGAACGGAAAAUCUACUGUGUAUACUUAAGUCCUACUUUCUUUGUAAUGCCUCUUUCCCCAAUAUCAAUUUUACACAGCCUGGCAAUGAAAAAAUGGUGUUUUACAGUUCUAAAGAUUCAU